AUGGUAACGUUUAUCCUAUUGGCGGCUUCAUGUACAAGUAAACCAAAAGAAUCACACAAAAAUCCUACCGGUGGAAGAAAACUCACAAUGUCCACAAUGUCCACACCGUCCACGUCUUUCAACACAAUUUCAGAUUUUUCGUUCGAUGAAAAAUUAGAAGAAGAAGAAGAGAAAAAAGAAGAAGGGAAUGAGUUGGAAGAGAAGAAAGAGCCAGAAUUAAAAGAAGAAGAGAAGAGAGAAUUUUCAUGUGGAAAAGACGAAAAGGAAGAAGAGAAAGGUGACAAAGGAGGGAAAGCAGAGAAUAAAGAAACUGAGUUCAAUCUUGAAACAUCUCCUGCAUUCACAAUUUGUAUUGAUAAUAAGUCUGAUGUCAGGAAUGAUGUGUUCAUAUUAAAUGCAAGAAAAUCACUCGAUGAGUCGGCAGGCUUUCAAUGGACAAUCAAAAAGAGAUUGGCAUUUGAUGACGGCUCUUGGAAACAGUUGAAUCGGAGAAUAGCUGCUCUGAAAGCUGAGGGACUUGACACUUGUGCCAACACUAAACAAGCAAAAGAUAACAAGAACAACUGUAUUGAACCCACUAAAAUGGAUGCCCAUUUUGAAAAACAGGCCGCGGCAAAACCAAAAAAGAAGGCAGUUGAGUGA